AGCAUUUAUUGUGACUGAAAUAGCAAUUAUUAACUGUCGAAUUAGUUUACGUUGUUAAACUUGACGAUAAAUAUUAUAACAUUUCAAAAUUUGAAAGGAUUUUCAAUUGUUUCAAUGUUAUAAAAAGACUGAUUUUCAUAGAUUGAAAAUGGAAGUAUCGGGUCGUAAGGAAUGGGACGAUAAACAUUCAAUGUCUAAACAAGGGAGACAACGUAUAGUUCUUUGCCAACCUUGUGAGUGUGAUGGUAAUACAAUAGAAGCGGACGCAUUCUGUGAAACUUGUAACGAGUUCCUCUGUACUCCAUGUUUGAAGGCUCAUCGGAAAUUAGCUAUAAGUAAAAAUCACGUGAUCAAGUCAAAGAAUGAAAUGCCAAUAUCAAGGGAAAAGCAAAAAGAUCCAUGUACAGAGUUGUGUUCAGUCCAUCCUACCGAAAUAAUCAAGUUUUAUUGUGAAGACCAUAAUUCUGUAGGAUGCGGAGAUUGUAUUGUCCUCAGCCACAAAACGUGUUCUGUUAAACUCGUCAAUAAUGUCUCUGAUAACUAUGAUGCCUGCGAGGAAUUCGGGCAGACCAAGAAAAAGUUAGAAAGUCUUCUGCGUAGAAUUUCAUCUUACCAGGGUAUUAUUGUAGAUACCAUUAAAGCUGCUGAUGAAAUGAGAGAAAAGAUUAUGAAAGAUAUUCAUAUUUUCCGACAAGAGAUUAACGAAUAUUUGGAUAAUGCUGAGGCAGAUCUGCUGAAACGAAUUGAUCAGCUGACAUCGAAACAAGUGUCUCAACUUGGGCAUAUCCAAAAGGAAUUUGAGUCAAUGGCCACUGAAAUGAAAGAAUGCCAAGACAAAAUAAAUAAAAAUACAAACACGAUUAAUCAAUUGUUUGUAAUAGCAAAACUUGCACAUGAAAAGAUUGAUGCCUGUCAGAUUUCAACAGAGGAGCUAGCGUCUAAAUGUGAGAUUGAAACAUUUGAUUUGGUGAAGUCUCAGGAGUUAGGAAAACUUGUAACAGACAAAUUAUCCAUUGGUGUUAUCAAUGAAGAAAAGCGAAUGUUACACACACUCAACAAAAUAAGUCUGACAGAUGUUCAAACGACGCUGUUAGAAAAGUUGAAUGUCCUCAGUGCAGUACGCGACAGAACAGCAAGCUUAAUAUCAGGAAUGGCAAUAAUUUCCUAUGAUGAAAUCUUGCUUGUUGAUUGUUCAAAUGAUUGUUUAAAACUUAUAACCGUAGAAAAGUUUAUGAUAACUUUUACAUUAAAUACAAAUGGUAAACCAUGGGAUAUCACUGCAAUCAGUUCAGGAUUAUUCGCAGUUACUGUAUUCACAACAGGUGAAAUACUAUUCAUAAAUACAUCAAAUGGAAUUUCUAAAAGUCACAGUAUUAAGGUAAGAAAGGACUGUAGAGGAAUAGACUACCGUAACGGAGUUCUUGUUGUAUCGUUCGGCAAUCCAGGAUGCGUUCAGCUACUUGACAUUAAAGGAAACAUUAUGAAAGAGCUUGAUAUCGAUAAACAUUGUUCAUAUCCUCAUUAUAUAGCGUUUUGUUACGACGACAACAAAAGCUUCAUUGUGUCCAGUUCCUGUAACAAUGCUCUUUUUGAGUUUGGUCCAGAUUGGAAAUUAAAGGAUAAAAUAAAAAGCAAUGAUAUAAAGUACCCAGAACAACUUGUUGUAACACAUGAUGGAGCGGUUAUUGUUUGUUGUGGAGAUAUCAGUGAUAGACUUAUCAUGAUUACACCACAUACAAGAGAGGUGCUUUCGAUUACUGUGGAAGGUAUCAAACGUCCAAUGUGCAUGGCGAUAUCUGAAGAUCAGACGAGGAUGUUUAUUUCUGACGCGUCAGAUCGUAAUAUUAAAGUGUUUGGUAUCAAAUGACUUAAAUCCUAGGCAUAACUUAGAUAUGGGUUGAUAACAAUUUCGAGGACACUAAGUCUAUUAAUUUAUAUGAAACCUUACAAUUCAAAGAAUUACAUGACAUUUUCUGUUAUUAGACGCCGCUUGCAAUGGGGAAAAUUUUAGACUUGAUUUUACAUAAGUAUUUUUUUUGUUUUAACAAAAUCACACUGUUCUAAGAUUUUCUAAUAAAAAUAGCUUUUCUAAUGCACAACAUGUCACAGAGCUUUAAGGGAUUUGAAUAAACGACUAACUGAAAUUCUAAUGCCAUGUUUGAAUAUCAUACUCUUUUUAUCAUUAUCUAAUUUUAUCUACAUAAUAAAUAACGUGCCAAUGAGCCA